AUGUCUGAAGAUGCGUUAUUGGAAGAGGACAUUUGGGAGUACAAAUCCAUUAGGAAGCAAAAGCAUCAGAGUAAUUCAGAGAGCACCUCAACACCUGUGCGGAAAAUAAGCGAUGGCAAGAGCAGGGCAAAAAGAAAGAGAACUGGAAAUAAAAAAAAAUCCGUAGAAAAACAUGAUACGCUUCAGAAAACCGAGCAGAGAUCAAGGCCAGGGCAGGAUGCAGAUCAAUGUCAAGAUGACAGCAGCGUGCACUCCCAGGACAGCGUGAGUAGCCUGACAGAACAGAGCUCCCCACAUGCAAAGCCUGUCCAUGACGGGCACUGUCCGAGCUGCCAGAUGCCUUUCUCUUUGCUGCUGGUCCAGACACCUCGAUGGCACGUUGCUGAAUGUUUGGAUACUCCAGGAUCCGCUGAAAAAGAGUGUCCUGAUGGUUUGCUGUGCACUUCCACCAUUCCAUCUCACUACAAGCGUUACAGCCAUUUCCUACUUGCAGCAAGCAGGGCAGGAGAUUAUCUUGUAAACUCUUCAGCAAACACUUUGGAGAGGAAGAUGACAUGUUCUACUGCAGCAAAGCCCAGCUGUUCCCCAAGUCAUGUAGAGGAAAUCUCACAGAAUGAGAAACCACCUAAUAAUGGAAAAAAUGUCCCGAAUGAUGACUGUACAUUGAUGGUACGGAGUUCACCACAAUUGAAGUCUCUAAAUAUUAUCAGUGAAAGCGCUUCCUCUUUUGCAGAUGUUCAAAAGCCUCAACAGACAUUUCAGCUUACAAAGACCACGGAUAAUAGUUGUAAAUUCGAAUUUUAUGACUUUGCAUCCUCUCAAGGAAGUGGAACAGGAGAAGAUCUGUGUAAUCAGAAAGAUACAAAUCAGCCAAGUCUACUACAGUCAAAAGCGGACUUCAGUGACUGUGAAAUUUCUUACUCUCCACUGAGCACUUUUGAGGAAACUGAAGAGGAAAAUGAGGAAGAGGAGAGGAAAGUAAAAAUAUCACAAAAUAAAUCACUCAAGGCCUGGAACUUUGAAGUUGAAGAAUCUAAUUCUGCGGUGUCUAAAACAUUUGAUGGACUUCUCUCACAGCAGAAGCCUCAGUCUGAGCCUACCAAAAUGGGAAAUUUCAUAAUUAAAAAAAAACACUGUGAGGAAGUAAAUACAUUGAACCAUCUAGAUAAUCAGCAUUUGCAAGAGGUGCUGGCCAGUGGAUCUUCUUUACCUUUUAAUUGUGAGGAGGUUGAACAGCCAGAAUUUAUUUCCUCUGCUGCUAAGGCAGGUAACACAGAGUCAGAAGACACUGGUGCUUGUGCUUUGGAUUCUGCAUACAUGAGUUUUACUGAGACAUCAUCGCUGCUAGUCAGAGAAGAUGCUAGGUCUUUUCUGACACAGAAAAGUAGUGUUUUGCAGGACUCAAGUACUGUUUUAACUAAUGCAGAUAAAAUGACUACCAAUGCAAUUGAAAAAACAGCUUGCCAGGAGAGUUUGCAAGCAGUAGUGGAGAAAGAAGGAAAUCUUAAUGCAGCAGCUGUGUGCUUUCCCAGCCCCAACUCUAAAACAGUACCAUCUCUUUCUUUAGCAAGUAUGAAUGCCAAAUCCAGUUCUGCCAAAGAACUCAAACAAAUGGACAUUGGUGUUUUCUUUGGGUUAAAACCCAAAGUAAAAGAGGAAAGCAAAGGAGAGACGUGUUUGAGUGAGGGAAAGCAGAUAUCAAGUUCAGUAACUCCCAAUGGAAAGAAGCCCAGACGGCAAAAAAGGAAAGCGGAAGGGUCUGUGGAAGAUGUAGAAGAGGUUGCAGAAAGUUCAAAUACAAAUGGAGCCUUUGCAGAUGUAAGUUCUGGUGGCCAGCAAAGGUGGAGAAAAAAAUAUAAAGAAUUACCUACUACAGGUGAAGGAACAAGAAAAAAACACUGCCCUUUCUACAAGAAAAUACCAGGAACUGGUUUUACAGUUGAUGCCUUCCAGUAUGGAGAAAUUGAAGGCUGCACAGCUUAUUUCCUUACUCAUUUUCACUCUGAUCACUAUUGUGGACUAACAAAAAACUUCAUGUUUCCAAUCUACUGUAAUAAGAUAACUGGCAACCUGGUGAAGAGCAAACUUCGAGUCAAGGAGCAGUACGUCCACGUGCUGCCAAUGGACACAGAAUGUGUAGUGAAUGGGAUCAAAGUGUUGUUGCUCGAUGCCAAUCAUUGUCCAGGUGCAACAAUGAUCCUUUUCUGUCUACCAAGUGGAACUGUUAUUCUGCACACAGGAGAUUUCAGGGCAGAUCCUUCUAUGGAGCGCUACCCUGCUUUGUCUGGUCGACAAGUCCACACCCUUUACCUUGAUACCACAUACUGUAGUCCUGAAUACACUUUUCCUUCUCAACAAGAGGUUAUCCAGUUUGCUGUCAAUACCGCCUUUGAGACAGUGACUUUAAACCCACGUACUCUAGUUGUCUGUGGCACCUACUCCAUUGGAAAAGAAAAAGUUUUUUUAGCAAUUGCUGAAGUUCUGGGCUCAAAAGCAAGUAUGUCCCGUGACAAGUACAAAACACUGCAGUGCUUGGAGUCAGCAGCUGUUAAUUCCCUCAUCAGUGUGGACUGGGAUGGUACUUUGCUUCAUGUUCUUCCCAUGAUGCAAAUUAAUUUUAAGUGCUUGCAAGAUCACUUGAAUAAGUUUUCUGAGAAUUUCGAUCAAGUUCUGGCUUUCAAACCUACUGGGUGGACCUACUCUGAUUCAUGCCUUUCUCUGGUGGAUAUCAAGCCUCAGACAAGAGGAAGGAUCACCAUAUAUGGGAUUCCUUACAGUGAACACAGCAGUUACCUGGAAAUUAAGCGUUUUGUGCAAUGGUUGAAGCCACAGAAAAUCAUCCCCACUGUAAAUGUUGGAGACUGGAGAGCCAGAAGCUUGAUGGAGAAGCAUUUUAGAGACUGGAUGAUUGAGGGCAGUAGGCAUAAAUAAAUAUAAGGAAGAAUGUAUAUUUCAAAAGAGGUGGGCUGCAAUGGGAAUUGGGAGUUGCUGUGAGCUUUAGUUAACUCCUUUUUCCACGGAGCUUUCUUUAGGA